AUGACUGAAAAAAAAUUUCUUUUUGUUAUUCCACCGGAACAUGUUCGACAUUUUGGUAAAGCUUUACAAGUUUUAACAAAACUCGGUGAAGAAAUUUAUAUUGAAUUAAUAACAAAAACGAGUGGUUUAAGUUUUCGUACAGCAAAUCAAUCACGAUCAUCAUAUUCAUGUAUUACAUUUUAUCGAGAGUUUUUUCAAGAAUGGCCACAAGAUGAUUUACAAAAAGAAAAACUUAAAUGUCGAAUUUCAGCUAAACGAUGUAUGUCUGCAGUACAGGCUGUUUUAUCAAGUAAAUUAACACGACUUGAGCUUGUUUUCGAUGAUCGAAAAUCGAAUUUAUCAUUUACACUUCAUUGUCGAUAUAAUAUUAUUAAAGUUCAUUCAUGUUUUUAUAUUGAUUGUGAAAAACUUCAAGCACGUUUUGAUAAACAAUCAUAUAAAAAUUGUGUAUCAAUUAUGAGUAAAACAUUACAAGAUUUAACAGCUCAUUUUCCAGCUAAAUGGGAUGAAAUAACUAUUCGUGCAACAAAAGAUCAAUUUAUUAUUAAAAAAUGUGAUGAAAUUGUUCAUGAUGAUGACAGUGUUGCUUAUGGUAUGAAUUUUCAAGUUGUUUGUGAACCAAGAGAAUUUAUUGGUUAUGAUAUACAAUAUAAAUCAGAUAUUACAUUUUGUCUACGAGAAUUUAAAUUCUUAUUAGGUUUAGCUGAUUUACUCAAUUUACCUAUGACAAUAUAUUUCGAUAGUCGUGGACGGCCAAUUAUUUUUUGUUUCGAUGCAGAAGAAUUUUAUUUUGAUGGUACUUUUGUAUUUGCUACUAUUGCCAAUCGAGAAGGUGAAGUUGAUGCAUCCUUUAGUAUGAGUCAAUCAAAUGUAAAUGAUACUUCAACAAUGGAUGAAGAUGAUCUUGUUUCUUAUCGGCAACAUACAAUAAAUACAACUGGCGCGAAUCGAGGAGGAAAAAAACGACCUGCACCAUCAACAUCAGCAACGAAUACAAAUCCAAUUGAUGAAGAACCUGAUUUUGAUGAAGAUAAUCCACCAAUUAAUCCUAAGCAACGAAUCAGUACGACAUACGAUAAAAACACUACGAGUACAGAAUUUGGAGAUACGACAUAUACAGUAUUGAGUCAACAAUCAAUUGUUGGAUUACAACAAUCAGAAGAUUUUAUGGCUGAUAUGACUGAUGAUGAAGAUGAAGAAAACUAA